AUGAGCUGGAUGAAAUACGGUGAGUAUGCGAACAUGAAGGAUAUGUAUAAUUCGUCGAGUUGUCCAAAUACCCCAAGCAAAACAGAUUCGUCAGCUGGAGAAAAGACACAACCCUCAAAGACAAGACCAAUUGCCUCUCUCAAUACUCCUGAAACCUCAGCUGGAGAAAGCAAACAGCUCUCGAAGAAAGAAUUAGGUGACUCACUCAACACUCCUGGAAAGUCAUACCCAGUGGACGGAGAAGAUUCCUGGCCCAUAACUUCGCCUUCUCAGGUCAUCCAGAAGCCACAAUAUCUGAGGAGAACCCUAGAUCAAUUCUACUAUCCGGCUUUAGACGAUACGAGCGACCGGGAUAAAGAUCAAACAAUCUCGAAAUGGACUGGAACACCGUUGAAGCAGAACGGCAGAGACAAGGCUGCCACUGAUAGCGCUAUGAUCAUGGUCGACCAAUUCUGGUGCUGGAUCAUCGACGAGAAGACCAUCAUGACGAGUUUCCCCAGCGGAAUCUUCAGUGCUUCUUUUCUAGGUGUUGAAGACCUUUACCGGAGCAUCACGAAGAGCAUGUCUCGUGAUCCAGAGCAACUGAGAACGGUUGAGGAUAUGUAUUUACUGCUGGUCGAGGAAGUGGCGGGCUACAUGUUUAGUCAGGUCAACAGAAGCGUAAUAGACGUGGUCGAUAUCUACAGAUGGGCUACUGGCAAAAAGGCUGCUACUCAGACAACAUACUUCCAGAUAUUCCAAAAGGGCUACGCCAGUGGUGGACAUAACAAAACUAUAUUCAACAAUCGUAGCGACCUGAAACUUGUUUUAGAGGUUGCAGACAUCAUUGACGAACUCAAGCUGUAA